AUGGAUCCAACCUUGUACAAAGCAGCUGUGGAAGGCAAUGUCCAGCUGAUGAAAACAGAUGUUGAAGUUGGCUGCCAAGUUACUCCACAAGGCAACACCAUUCUGCAUCUUGCAGCACUCUAUGGUCACUUUGAUUUGGCCCGAGAAGUUCUUGCUGUUUCUCCAGCAUUACUAUGUCGUCAGAACAAGAAAAAUGAAACCGCACUUCAUGUGGCAGCAAAGGAAGGGCACACAGAAGUAGUUCGCUUGUUACUAUCUGGCGCCAUAGGAGAGGCGAAGGAAACCCUUAUGAGGAUGACAGAUGACAAUGGUGAUACAACCUUGCACAAGGCCGUGAGGAAGCAACAUGUAGAAGUGGUCAGGGUCUUGGUGAAAGAAGAUCCUGAGUGUGAAUUUCCAGCAAACAAAGCUGGGGAGACACCACUUUUUCUUGCUGCGGAGUCUGGUUUUUAUGAUGCUUUGGUUGAAAUCUUGGAAUCCUGCAAGACACCAACUUAUGCUGGUCCAUGUCAUCGAACAGCUUUGCAUGCAGCAAUAAUUCAUGGACGAGAAGCUAUGCCUUUUACAGAACUGAUGUUUUUUUACUAUAGCUAUGCCUUUUACAGAACUGAUGUUUUUGGCAUUUGUGUCCAAAAAAAGAUAUAUGGAGUUGUGGUUCUAAACAUUGAAAGCAUAUACAAGCUGCAUCACGGCUCACUGCUGAAGAAUUUGUUAAGAUUUGGUCAAUUCGGAGGACGUGACUUUGAGAUAAAACGGGAGGAAAAGCGAAUGCCAACGACAGAAAAUGAAACGGAGACGAGGUGGGAGAAUUAUAAAGGAAGGAUCGAUAAUUAUAUGAAGGUAGCUCAGACUCAUCUAGUUGUGGCCACACUAAUAGCUGCAGUCACCUUCACAGCUGGUUUGACAUUGCCGGGAGGCUUCGAUAACAAUCCAGGUCCUAAUCAAGGGAUGGCACUUCUAAUAAGAAAAGCGGUUUUCAAAGCAUUCGUUGUUACAAAUGCCAUUUCCUUUGUAUGCUCUUCUGGUGCUGUAUUCAGCUACAUCGCCAUGGCAGCAAUCGAUGCAUUUGCCAAGAAUCUCGCUGCUAUCACGUUGUUAUACCGACUCUCAACUUUUUGGCUGUUUUUUGCUUUGGCAGCAGUUAUGCUUGCAUUUGUAACUGGUACAUAUGCUACUUUAGCACAUUCCACUACUACUCUUGCCAUUGUUGUCUCUGCCCUCAGCAGCAUCUACUUUUUUAUGCUGUUUGUGUACAUGUCAGCCAUGAAAUACGGCCUCUAG